CCCACCCCUGACGAAAUGAUGCCCUGGGCGCUUUCUCUGACCACUCGAGCCUCUCGACGCUCUUCUCCCCGUGCCUGUCUCCUAGCAGAGGGACCGGAAGUGGCUCGGGGAGGGGAGGGGGGCUCGGUCCCUCCUCAGGUGAAGGCGCUGCUGAUGGAGCCGCCGUUGCGGAGCCAUUGAGCCCCCCUCCAGAGCCCCCCAGCCCCCUCCCAGCGGCUGGGCCGGGGGGCCCUCCCCUCGGCGAGAGUGCUGGGUUUGGAGCCCCCCAACUCAGCAGAGUGUCUUAAAGAUGGAUAUAGAGGACUGCAAUGGACGCUCUUACAUAUCUGGUAGUGGAGAUUCCUCUUUGGAAAAGGAGUUCACCUCCACGAUUGUGGGGCCCACAGUGAGCACACCAAAUAGCCAGCAUUCCUCCCCAAUCCGAUCCCUUAGUGCAAAUUCUAUCAAGGUGGAAAUGUACAGUGAUGAAGAAUCAAGCCGACUGCUGUCGCAUGAGGACCGGCUCAUUGAAAAAGAGGACAGUGUGAUUGUGGAGGAUUCCCUCUCAGAGCCUCUUGGCUACUGUGAUGGAACAGGGCAGGAACCACAUUCCCCUGGCGGCAUCCGACUACCCAAUGGCAAGCUGAAGUGUGACAUCUGUGGGAUGGUGUGCAUUGGGCCAAAUGUACUGAUGGUGCACAAACGCAGUCAUACUGGCGAGAGGCCAUUCCAUUGUAAUCAGUGUGGUGCCUCCUUCACACAGAAGGGCAACCUCCUGCGCCACAUCAAGCUGCACUCGGGUGAGAAACCCUUCAAAUGUCCCUUCUGCAACUAUGCCUGCCGGCGAAGAGAUGCACUUACUGGCCACCUCCGCACACACUCAGUUUCCUCCCCCACGGUUGGCAAGCCCUACAAAUGUAACUACUGUGGUCGUAGCUACAAGCAGCAAAGCACGUUGGAAGAGCACAAGGAACGUUGUCACAACUACCUGCAGAGUCUUAACACUGAACCCCAGUCGCUGGCUGGCCAGCAAGGUGACGAGAUGCGAGACUUGGAGAUGGUGCCGGACUCCAUGCUUCACUCCUCCGCCGACCGGCCAACCUUCAUUGACCGACUGGCAAACAGCAUCACCAAACGAAAACGCUCCACACCUCAGAAAUUUGUGGGAGAGAAGCAGAUGCGCUUUGGCCUCUCCGACAUGGCAUUUGAUGUCAACUCUGGCUUUGAGAAGGACGUGGAGAUGGUGGCUGCACAUCAUCCCAUAGACACUAGCUUUGGCAGCUCCCUGUCCUUUGUAGGGGCAGAACACUUGCGCCCCCUCAGACUCCCACCCACAAACUGCAUCUCUGAGAUCACGCCUGUCAUCAGCAGCGUCUACACUCAAAUCCAGCCCCUCCCAGGCAGGCUAGAAAUCGCAGGAAGCCGGGAAGCUGCUGAAGGCCAUGAAGAUCUUCCUGACGGGACGCAGAUUGUGUAUCGGGCAUCGCGGGAGCCGAGCAUGGUAUCGCCUAGCAACGGUUGCCAGGAUUCCACAGACACUGAGAGCAUCCAUGAGGAGAGAGGCUCCCAGCAGCCGCUGCUGCCCAGCAUUGGGAACUGCACCAGCAGCCGGCAGAGUCCGGCCUACGCCAAAGAGGACCCGAAACUGCAAGAGGGCAUCAUCCCUACCACUACUCGGUCAACUCCCAGCUCAGCCAAAGAAGCCCUACGUGUGGUGAAUGACGAAGGGGAACAGGUAAAAGCCUUCAAAUGCGAGCACUGCCGGAUCUUAUUCCUGGACCAUGUUAUGUUCACCAUCCAUAUGGGCUGUCAUGGCUUCAGAGACCCUUUUGAAUGCAACAUCUGUGGCUAUCACAGCCAAGACCGGUACGAGUUCUCUUCCCACAUAGUGCGAGGGGAGCAUAAAAUCGGCUAAUCCUCAACUAUGUCCCCUCACCCCUCCCUGUCUCUAGUGCUCCAUUCUCGUUGGGCAUGAAACUGUUCAUUUCUUUUGUACUCGUUUGCACUGACUUUGGCUAAAAAAAAAAAAGAGAGAAAUAUUUUAAAAAAACCUAACUUAAAAACAAAAUCUAACACACUUGAGACGGGGAGGAGCUCAUAACAUUUUUGCCUUUUUCUGUGCUAUGUUAUUUAAAUGUUGUUGGUUAUCAAAUUCGUCUUUGCUUUCCUCUCCUACUUGUAGUUAUUUAUUGAUCUUUCCUUCUCUCUCAUUUUUUUUUAAAUUAUUAUUUUGGUAAGCCUUCUGUUCUCAGUCAUUUUGCCAGGGACAUUCUCCAUUGAGGAACAGAUAAGCCACUGGUACUUACGUCUUUUGAAGUUAAAUCUUUUCCUCCUCUCCAUUGAAAGUUUCUUUGGGCUUCUUUUGGUUUCAGUUCAAGUAUCUCUGUCAGUUCACCAUGUUAGAUAUUAAGAACCUCAGAUCAGGUGCUAAAAUAUUAUAGAACUUCCCCCGUUCAGGGGGCUAGGAAAGCCACGACUCGUGUUACAAACUGAGAUGGAGAUGUCAGGAUGACCUGCAUAUGCCCUCUUUUAUGGGUAUCUGUGAAAUGGAGCAUAGAAUGGUGUCCUAUUAGGAAUUCUGUGGUCCCUCAGAACUCAAUACCUCUGUGCUUCUGCUUACCAUGGCUUUUGAACUGACAUAUGCUAUUUUCUGGGAGCCCAGAAGGUGGCAAAGAUGAAGGGAUUGCAGCGCCAUCUGUUUGAAGGAAGGUGGUGAGCACUUUGUACAUGAAGUUUUCCACUGUGCUGCCUUUGACAGACUCAACUGAGAAUUAGCAUAAGGAAAGCGAACACGGUUUCCAAGAAGCAAUGCAAUGAAGGAACCUUAGCAUUGUGUGCUUAAGGGUAUGUUCCACUUCCCAGGAGCUAAAAAUCCAGGAUGUUCUCUUGCAAGGGCAUGUUUGACGUCCUUGUUGGUUGGCCUGAUCGUUUCUCUGGAAGGGUUGCCUGAGCUCACUUCUCUGAGCUUCCUUCUGUUAGCUGUUAAAGAGCCAUCGUGGCUGGAGGCUUUAGAAGGUAUAAACCCUCAACCCUUAGGUUGGCAUAGGCCACCGACUUCUCUCUUCAAGAGCAUACACCUUCCAUUAGGGUGAAUCGAUAAUUAUGACCCUAGUGGCUAGAAUAGGUUCAUAGGGGACAUUGUCAUGGGAUUCUCUGUAGGAGGCAGAAAAGAUGUUACUGAGCACCUACGUGGAGUCAGCUUAGCAACUUCUCUUGAAACUCCUAGAGGCAAGGGGUUCAAGCCCUGCCAUUUUCUCUUUUUGUUCCAGUGCCUAACGUCUGCCUCUCCAGUCUGUUUCCCAGCAAUCAGUUUACCACUGAGCAACUUGGGGUUUGAGUAUUUAGCUUCCCCAGGAGUGGGUGGCUGCCUUGAUUUGCACAGAUCAGUCAUUAGCCUUAUAGAUCUGUGCUCAGAGGAAGCAUGCACUUUUUGGACCCAUCAGCAAGAUCGGGCAGCUGCCAUGUACUGGAAGGUUGCAUAUCUGUGGAAAAGCACACACAGCUCAUCCAAAAGGAAGGAGACAUAAGUAUUGCCAGGCCAACUUGUCUCUCCUUGGAAGAGAGCUCUGCCUUAGGUCAGAGAGGCAUGCAUUGCUUUUAGGCUGACUGGCUGCCAUGGAAUCAAAUGAAAAUUGUUAGAACAACUGCCAGCAAACCCCCUUUGCCCAGGGUAGCUAGCUACACAGUGACCAGAUUCCCUCCGUUUCUUGAUAGGUACGUGGCCAGUGGUGCCAGAGAGAGCCAUAUGGUUUUCUGUAAUGAGGGUCCUGCAGAAAGUCCUUGCUGUGUGAACUGUAUGUAGUGUCUUAAAGCUUCGAUCGCUAUGAAGGGCUGAAACCUCCGUUUUGUAGCUUGGCUUAGGGGAGGCUGUUAUCUGUGGGAGAAGGUUGUAACUCCUCUUGUCAGUGUCAGGCAGCCAUUCCUGCCAAAGUAGGAGGCCUCUUGACACUUGCUUUUAGGAGUACAGUCACCUCACUAUAGAAAGCUUAUGAGCCCAGGCAGGGUAACUUAGUAAUUUCCCUUUGCCCAAGACGUGGUCCUUCAUCUCAGCCUCUCCACCUGCUAGAACCUCCUUUCUGAAUAGAAAGGCAAUGGGUGCAAGGCUGAAACUGCCUCUACAAUUAGCUGGGCAAAGGAUGCAAUGCGCAGGAGACGACCCAUGCUUUUAAGUAAAUGCCCAUCAUGCAUAAAAAUAACUUCCUCAACAGCAGCCCAGCAAACUGCUUCCUUGUGGGAUAAACCAAAGGCUGAUCUUUUUCUACUAAAAAAAACCUCAAGUUGCAGCAUUUUGUUUGUUACCCUCUCCCCUCUUUACUGCUUUUUGAGAUGUGAAAUAUUGAAUUUUCUCAGCUUCUUCCUUUUUUUUAAAAGGCCAGACAGACUUGCUGAACUGGAAAGGCCCGGUCAGGUGGGGUAUCUUGGGGAAGUAAUUCAGAGAGGUGCGGUGGGGUAAAUAUUUCUUUAAAUAGUAGCACUCCACUAUCCUGCCAACACUUCUUAAAAGCUCUUAAUUCUUCUGGUACAAAACCAUGUUUCCUCUUCUGUUCUCUCACUUAAGGUUCAGUAUAUGAAUGAGAUGUUACUGGCUCUGAAAGCAUUUUUCCACUGGUCCUAGCGGUAUACAUUGUAAUUUCAGCCGAUGGGUCUCUUGCCACUCUUGUCAUUCUGGUUACCAUUGUGCAAUACAAAGGAAUCAUGUUGGGAAACUUUGCCAAAUUGCUAAAAUGACUUAAAAGUCUAAUGGUCCUUGGACUUGGAUUUCCCAUCCCCUAGGGGAUUGUACAUCUGACUUCCCGAAAUUCCAUCAGCCCUAUGGUAAAGGAUUUUGCUUUUUUUAAAAAGUACUCAUAUCUCCUGUUGAUAUACAUUUAAAGUAUUUAGCACUUUUUGUGAUUGUUAAUCUGAAGACGCCAUUCACAUGAUAACAGGUUUCCUUACAAUAACUCCCAAGAUUUGGAUACUCAUUUAAGCAUGUUUUGUGAAUUAGUCUGCUCCCUGUUGUCUCUACAGGUAACAGUUCUGGCCUGAAAGUAGUUGUUAGGACUUGCCUGUGACUGAAAAAAAGUUGAGUGAACUAACUCUUAGACUUCCUGUUUUUGAACAUUUUGAUUUCAUACUGCUCUAAAGUUUAGGAUUUCUCCACUCCUGACUGUCCAAACAUGAAAGGUUUAGGUCAGAUUAACGCAAGUAGCUUGAUAAUAACUAUGCUGAACAAAUGAGCUUAAUGUGUUCUGUUUUUAACCUCAGAAAUCUGAGAGAGUGUACCACAAAAGCUGCUUGUAGUUUAUUUCUAAAGUUGGGUUCUUGGGAAAUUUUCUCUGAAGACUUGAAAAAGAUAGUGGAAAAUUCAUGCACAUUUAUAGUGUGUAAUAUAACUCUCAAGAUUGAUUUCCAAAUUAAAACAUUUGCUGCUUGCUUAAUGAGAGGUUUUUCCCCUUCUGUAAGUGUACAUAAGUAAACAAGUGAAUGCAGAAUGAGUUAUCAACAUAGUUUUUUCCAGGGACAGCCUUAAUGGACCAGGAUUUUAGAGUCUCCUCAAAUCUUGAUUAUAGAAAUUUCCCUUGGAAAAUUAAAUGAUUUUUUGGACAACAUAAUAUUUUUCUAUGAGUGCAUUGAAAGAAGGAUUUAGAACAUUUAUCGUGAGCAUCCAGCUUUACUGUGGAAUUCAAUCUCAGAUCUAGGCAGCCUGUACAGUAUUUACUACAAUAAAUGAGAUCUACAGUAGGCAGCCUAUAUUUAUUCUAGUAAAUGAGGAAAGCAGUACCUUCACUCAACUGUGUGCAUGUUUUUUUCGGGAUCUAGGCCUUGACAGAGUAUGACGUUGUCACUUGUUUUGUUGGUAGAAUUUAUACCGCUGCAGGAGCUGAUAAACAGCACUUUCCUAAAGGUACAUGAGGCUUUUGGGCCCCUGGUUGUAGCACACAGGCAAGAUUAUACUGUACCUUUUAAGGCUCUCCUUCAUGGGUAAAACCCAUGUACUGUAUUUAAGUAGUAGUCUUUUUAUUUUCUCCAUAAUACCAAAGCAAAACAAAAAGUAGUAGUUCUAAGUCCUCCAAAGCCCCGUAUUGUCCAGUCUUGCAUAGGAAAGAUGUUUAGGUCCUUGUCAGGUCUAGCAAAAAAUAAUUCAAAUGGUGUAGCCAACUGUUUAAGCAGAAAGCAACAUGAAGCUUUACUUCCAUUUAGCAAACCAGCUCUAUAGAGGAAGACAGGGACUAGAUAAAAGAAAUACUGUAUUGAGCUUGUGUGUAAGAGAGUGACAACAAGAACAUGGACUUCAGUUUUGACAAGAUAAUCUUAUGUUUACUUCUGAAUUCUGGAAAGUGAUUCUUAAUGCCCUGAUUUUUUUCAACAUUACACACAGAGUUCUUUCCAGGCACAAUUCUGGGAAGAUACCCCAUUUUUUCCAAUGCAGAGACUAAAAUUUCUGUUAAGAUGUGAUUUGCAUCUUAGUAUAUUUGUCAAGAAGUACAGGCAUAUGUAAUUUUCCUUGGAAAGGAAGUACACGUUAGGUUUUCUUUGUUUCAUUUCAUUCUUUCAAAAAUCCUGAUAGAAGUAUGAAUCUUAACAUAUACACACAUAUUUAAUAGGAGAAUCAGCUUUCAUGGCUAGAUACUGGCUUCUUGAAAGCCAAAGAUGGCCCUUGGGUGUUUGGCUUAAGUUAAUAGCCAUGCUGAUAAAUUAAAGCACCCGAUGUGUCAUUUUUAUUGGGGAGUUUUUUUUUCUUUUAAGCUGUCCCUUUGUGCCUCCUUAGAAAGCCCACAUUCAGAUUUUCCUGCUUCCUGUUUUGAAUGGGAAUCAAACUGCUCUUUGCAGAAAUACUUUGGUUUUUAUUUGUUUUUUGGUGGGAAAUAUUGGAUAGUUUUAGAGCUAACUAAAGAUAUCCCAAACAUCAUUAUUGAACUGUGUUUACUGCACUGUGGAAUGGUACGAAUCUCUCUUAGCCCUGCUUCUUUGAUGGGAAUCAGGGAACAAGAAUCCUGUUUUGGACUUCACAUCUUACCUCCUGCCUUCCCCUUUUGUGAAAUGAAAAAGGGUUGUUUUUAGAAUCAAAGUCUGAAGUUUCUGUGGGGGGGAAACCAGUAUUCCUCUUAUUUUUGCUUUUACCUGUAUGAAGAGCCUAAAAAACAAAAGUAGGAAUUUUGUAAAACUCCAGGUCUCUUUAACUUGUGUAAAUAUAUAUAUUUUUUAACCAGAUGUAUGAAGAACAAAAAGAUGUGCAAUAUCCCCAACCCGCUACAAUAUUCUUCUCUUUCUAACAAGCUUUCAUUUGUAUAUUGUUAUUGGGUUUGCUGGUGUCACGCUCUUUUCUCCCUCUCUUUUUUUGGUGGGAUUAAACUUGCUUUUAAAUAAAAGAUAAAAACCUCUUACUGCAAAAGCUUUUUUGUAUCUGUAAUAUAUUGUAAGUACAUAUUUGUGUAAUGGAGAUUAUACUACUGUUAAGUUUUGUACUGUACUGGCUGAAGGUCUGUUAUAAAAUAAACAUGAGUAAUUUAACAGUCUGGUAUGUGGCUCUGCUUAGGUACAU